CCGUUAAAAUAUCAUUAUUAAACAUUAUUUACUUCUGAACUUAAAUAAUUCUGACAGUUAAAUAGUUGUAAAUUGUUGUUAUUCUUCCUGCCCCUACAGCGGUUGGGCUAAGGUAUUUUCGAGCGAUGACUCAGAGAUCUUUCAUCAUGGCGGCUGUUCCUCGGUUCAUGGUGAGAUAGAGGAGGUGCGUUUUGAUGGAUCAAGCUUUCUGACUGUGAAGCUUCACAUGAGACACGAAUGGAGUUAUGUUAGAUCGGAAUUCGUCAUUUUGGAAGGAGAGAAAAGUCUUUAUUCAGCUCUUCCAACUUCGCCGACUCCAUGGUACUUGUCUUCCAGCACUAGCCAGGACGGGAAAGUUGUGGUAGAUUUGAGUGGUUCUCCAUCUAACAUAGACGACAACUUCUUCAUCAUAUCCAUGAAUGAGACAAAGAGUAAUGACCAUGACGACCACCACCAUGGCUAUGAUGAUGACGAUGACGAUGAUGGCCGCUAUCUCUUUAUGUUCAACUCGUCGAAUACGUUAGUCGCUGAACUGUCAGGCGCGCCCGUUUUCAGAAAUUUCACUACUACUGUUUACGUCGUUGACAAAAGCAAUGAAAUUUUCAGAAGUGAGGAAUUCCUCGUCCAGACCCCCGAAGGAGGUGAGUAAGACAUUUUAGCGUACUACUAGCAGAUUAAAGACACAUGCGAAAUUUAGAUCAGGUAACCGUACUGAAUUCAACACAGCCUAUAAAGUUAGAUUGCUCACAGCCCUCUAUUUUUCUCGUAUUUUUAUUCGAUUGUUGAACGCGUGGAUAGAAUAACGUGAGACUUGACUGGGUAGGGGGUGGGGACCGACAUAAACGCUCACUUUUUUCUUUCGCGCGCGUAAAUAGAGAGGCUGUGAACAAUCUAAUUAAGGUAACUUUCGCUGAUAUCGUUCCUUGACUUUGAAUAGGCCUUGAAAAGAAAUACAUAUUAGUCUUACCCUUCCACAGU